ACGACUCGUAACACUUUGUAACCUCUCAUUCUUCGCUAACUGCAAUCAUGUCAGGCCGUGGCAAAGGUGGAAAAGCUAAGGGAAAGGCGAAGUCCCGCUCUAAUCGUGCUGGACUCCAGUUCCCCGUUGGUCGUAUUCACAGACUUCUGCGAAAAGGAAAUUACGCUGAGCGUGUCGGCGCCGGUGCUCCAGUCUAUCUGGCUGCAGUGAUGGAAUACCUUGCUGCUGAAGUAUUGGAAUUGGCGGGAAAUGCCGCUCGCGACAACAAAAAGACCAGAAUCAUUCCUAGACAUCUUCAACUGGCCAUUCGCAAUGACGAGGAAUUGAACAAACUGCUCUCUGGGGUUACCAUUGCUCAGGGUGGCGUACUGCCGAAUAUUCAAGCAGUCUUGCUGCCAAAGAAAACUGAAAAGAAAGCUUAA